GUACGUGGUCUUCCUGAAGCUCUUCCUGGAGACGGCCGAGCAGCACUUCAUGGUGGGGCACAGGGUCCACUACUACGUCUUCACCGACCGGCCGGCCGACGUGCCCAGCGUGGCGCUGGGGGAGGGCCGCCGCCUGGUGGUGCUCGAGGUCCCGGGCGCCGCGCGCUGGCAGGACAUUUCCAUGAGCCGCAUGCAGAUGAUCAGCGACUUCUGUGAGCGGCGCUUCCGGCGGGAGGUGGACUUUCUGAUGUGCGUGGACGUGGACAUGCGCUUCAGCGACCACGUGGGCGUGGAGAUCCUGUCCCCGCUCUUUGGCACCCUGCACCCCGGCUUCUACAGGGCGGCCCGCCAGGCCUUCACCUAUGAGCGCCGGCCGCAGUCCCAGGCCUACAUCCCCCGGGACCAGGGCGACUUCUACUACUUGGGGGGCUUCUUCGGGGGGUCGGUGGCCGAGGUUCAGCGGCUCACCAAGGCCUGUCACCAGGCCAUGAUGACCGACCGCGCCAAUGGCAUCGAGGCCGUUUGGCACGACGAGAGCCACCUGAACCGGUACCUGCUGGACCACAAGCCCACCAAGGUGCUGUCCCCGGAGUACCUGUGGGACGAGCAGCUGCUGGGCCGGCCGGCCGUCAUGAGGAAGCUGAGGUUCAUGGCGGUGCCCAAGAACCAUCAGCAAAUCCGCAACUGAGGGGCGUGCCGGGUGGCGGGGAGGUCUGGGGGCCGACUGCGCUUCCCUUUUCCGUCCUGUGGAGGGAAACUGUGGAGGCUUGGCAUUACCCCACCCCCCAAACACAGGCCUUGGGGCACCUCCACCCUGUGCACAGGCAGCAGGAGACCGGC